CGUGUAAUCCCUCCCUGCUCUCAGGUCUCUCCUUCCCCCUUCUCAUACUCUACCUUUCAUACAUUUUAGAGCUCGCGUUGACAAUGUCUACCCACCACCAACCCCAACCCCAGCCCUCUCCUUCGACUUCGACCUCUCACCUCCCCAAGCAUCAGCAAGAUGAGGUCAUCCCCGUCUUCGCGAUGGACAACUUCAAGUUCGCGCAGGCCUUCACCGGCUCGUACAAGUUCGUCAUCAACGGCUCCAUCGACGUGAGCGUGCUCACCACCGCGCUCGACCGCCUCCUCGCGAUGGGCCACUGGCGCAAGAUGGGCGCGCGCAUCCGCAAGAACGCGCAGGGGCAGCUCGAGUGGCACAUCCCGCGCCCCUUCACGCCCGAGCGCCCCGCCUACCGCCUCACCUCCGCGACCUACGCCUCGCCCUCCGCCGCGGGCCUGCACAUCCCCGCCGCGACGCACGACGCGCCGUCGAUCCAGCCCGACCUCGGCCCGACGCGCCUCUUCCUGCACGCCAGCACGCCGAUGACGAUGGACGAGUUCACGGACCCCGCGCACGACCGCCCGUGCUUCAACAUCCACGUCACGCACUUCCGCGACGGCUCCGUCGCGUGCCUCGGCAUCACCUUCCCGCACAUCUUCUGCGACGGCAUCGGCAUCGCGCAGAUGCUCUGGACGUGGCUCUCGCUCAUGCGCGACCCGAACGCCCCCGUUCCGGCGCUCAUGGGCUUCGACAAGGACCCCUUCGCCGCGCUCGAGGCGCAGUACGACUUUUCGGCCGAGUCCCCCGCCGCCGCCCCCGCCGCCCCCCCGGGGCGCACAAAGGCGCAGGAGUGGGAGGACAUCCUGUACGAGAUGCGCCUCCAGGAGGAGUUCGAGAAGCACCCGAAGGAGACGCGCACGGUGUACCUCCCCGGCGCGAUGGUCCAGCAGAUGCGCCGCGAGGCGAUCGCGGAGCUGCGCCAGCGCAAGGCCGCCGGCGAGGACGUCCCCGACUUCCUCAGCGAGAACGACAUCGUCAUCGCGUGGUGGAUCAAGGUCGUCUUUGGCGAGCCCACGCCCGAGGACGAGAAGAAGCCGCUCAUCGCGCUCGUCGGCUCCUCCCUGCGCAAACGCCUCCCGGAAGUCUUCCCCCCCAACUCCGCGUACGUGCACAACGCGACGCUCGCCUUCGCCUCCGCGCCCGUCCCCGUCGCCGCCGUCGCGCACCUCUCCGUCGCCUCCCUCGCCGCCGCCUCGCGCGCGGCGCUCCUCGCGCAGCAGCGCGACCGCGCGACGCUCCAGCGCGCCGUCGCGCAGAAGCUCUGGUCGAACCGCGUGGGCAACGCGCCCGUCGCCGCCGCCGCGCACGGCACGUGGCACUUCACCACCACCUGGACCGACGCGCGCUGCCUCGAGUGGGACUUUGCGCCCGCCGCGCGCGGGGGCGAGAUCCGCGACGGCGCGCCGGGCAGCGUGCGCGCGUUCUCCGGCGGGCUCGUGCUCAACGGGCCGUUCCCCGCGCGCGGGCUGCUCACGGUGCUCGCGCGGGAUAAGGACGGCGGGUACUGGCUCCAGCCGUGCCUCCGCCGCGAGGACUGGUCGAGCAGGACGAUGGAGCGCCUGAGGCAGGCGGGCGGCGAGCGCGUCGUGCGCGCGCGGCUAUGA